UUUGUCUCUAGAAUCAUUUAUUUUUGUGAAAGAAUUUUAGUCUGUAGGCUGCUGCAGGUUGGUCAAAAUGUCGGAUUCGGAAGAUAUGACGGAGUUUGGAUGUAUUGUCGAACGAAUAACACAAGGAGAGCUCGAGGUCCCAAUAAAGAACAUUGAACGGGAGCUCAUUUGCCCAAUCUGCAAAGAACUUUUUACACAUCCGCUCAUUUUACCCUGCCAGCAUAGUGUAUGUCACAAGUGCGUCAAAGAAUUUUUACUCAACAAUGAAGACUCCUUCAGCACCGAUGGAGGGUCGGAAUGCUCCAACCCGGGGAGUCCACGGUCCAGAGUGCCGUCUCCAAGCAUGGAGAGGCUUGAUCGGCUCGUACGAUCAGGGUCCAUCUCUUCGCCCGGAUGGAGGCGGGCCUCCGUCACUCCCCGCAUCACCACCUUCCCGUGCCCGGGCUGCCAGCACGACAUCGACCUGGGCGAGCGGGGCAUUAGCAUGCUCUUCCGCAACUUCACGCUGGAGAGCAUCGUGGAGCGCUACAGGCAGGCGGCGCGUGCCGCCGUCGCCAUCCUGUGCAACGUCUGCAAGCCGCCGGCGCUGCAGGAGGCCACCAAGAGCUGCAUGGACUGCAAGGCCAGCUACUGCAACGAGUGCUUCAAGCUGCACCACCCCUGGGGCACGCCCAAGGCCCAGCACGAGUACGUGGGGCCCACCACCAACUUCAGACCCAAGGUUCUGAUGUGCCCCGAACAUGAGAUGGAGAAGGUCAACAUGUACUGUGAGGUGUGCAGGCGUCCAGUGUGUCAUCUCUGCAAGCUGGGUGGCUCCCACGCGAACCAUAAAGUCACGUCCAUGAGCAGUGCCUACAAGAUCCUGAAGGAGAAGUUAUCGAAGAGUAUCCAUUACUUAAUCAGCAAAGAGGACCAAGUGCGGACUCAGAUUUCUGACCUGGAGGUGUUGAUUCAUCAAACGGAGGAAAAUGGUCAACUCGCCGAAAGACGAGCCAACGAGCACUUUGAGCGUCUCUUCGAGGCCCUCCAGGAGCGGAGGACCGAAAUGCUGCAGUCCAUCGAGCAGUCGAGGAGCAGGCGCCUGGACAAGCUCCGUGGGCAGGUGGAGGAGUACCAGGGCAUGCUGGAGAACAGCGGCCUCGUGGGAUAUGCGCAGGAGGUCCUCAAGGAGACUGACCAGUCCUGCUUUGUGCAAACAGCCAAGCAGCUGCACUCCAGAAUACAGAAGGCCACUGAAUCCCUGAAGACGUUCCAGGCCUCCGCCCACCCAAGCUUUGAUGAGUUCCAGGUGGACACCUCCAAGGAGGAGGCCAUGCUGAAGGACUUAACGUUUGGUGGAGUUCCAGACCCCCCCAUGAUCGAUCUGACCCGUAGCCGCGUGUACAACGAGGGCCAGAUCCACUGGCGCCUGUCCGAGGACAGCCUCCCCACCGACCACCACCUGCUGGAGUACCGCAAGGUGGACGGCGAGGAGGAGCGCCCCUGGCAGGCCUCCGAGCACAUCUACGGCUCCAGCACCGUGGUGUCCAACCUGGACAGCGACAGCGUCUACUCCUUCCGGGUCAAGAGCUUCCGCAACGCCCUGUGCAGCCCUUACAGUCCCGAAGUGACCUUCCACACACCUCCGGCUUCAGUCUACAGCUUCUUGUUCAACGACAAGUGCGGCUUCAGCUCGGAGCGGCUGGUGCUGAGCAAGCGGCGGGACUCGGUGGAGAGCGUGGCCGGCAUGGCCUUCCUGCUGUCGGCCGAGCGCGUGCAGACGGGCAGCUACAUCUGCCUGGACUACAUCAUCGGCGACACGGGCAUCGCGCAGGGCCGCCACUUCUGGGCCUUCCGCGUGGAGCCGCACUCCUACAUGGUGAAGGUGGGCGUGGCGUCCGACUCCAAGCUGCUCGAGUGGUUCCAUAACCCCCGUGACACCAGCAGUCCCAGGUACGAUCACGACAGCGGGCACGACAGCGGCAGCGAGGACACCUGCUACGACCUCUCGCAGCCCUUCACCCUCAUCACCGUGGGCAUGGGCAAGGUCUUCAUCCCCAAGGCCUCGCUGUCCGCCACGGCCAUGUCCGGCGGCGUUGCCGGCGGAGGCGGAGGCGGUGGUGGCGGCGGCGAGCACCAGUCCAGUCGCGUGCUGACCAUGCCGGCGCGCAUCGGCGUGUGCCUUGACUACGAUGCCGGGCGCGUCUCCUUCUACGACGCCGACAGCAUGCGGCUGCUGUACGAGCGGCAGGUGGACUGUUCCGGCACCAUGUACCCGGCCUUCGGCCUGAUGGGCAGCGGCGCCGUCCACCUGGAGGAGUUCAUCGCUGCUAAGCGCCUUACCUACAUGUGAGGGACGGGGGGACGAGUAGAGGCGGUCAGUCCAAACAAGCUCGCCUCUGAUGUCUGAGCUCUCCUGAUGCCCGUCUCUUGCUCUAAUCAUUCUGAGCUGAUUUUAAUUUUGGUGGCGUGUUUAUCUCUCUUUUUUUUCCCAUUCAGGUCAUUUCUGAGGUUAAUUGAAUAUUUCCUUCUUUUUACAAGAUCACUAACGUCACACAACUACAACAGUCAAGUUGAGCCUGGGAAACCUUGCUUCUUAUGCCUAUGUGCCUUUUCUUUCGGGGGAUAUGGGAUAUGUAGAAGGUGCUCUCUAAUUCUCUUCACCUUAGCAUCAUUGCACAGUACUUCCACGUAGGGAAUUUCACCGCAGAAGCAGCACAGAUGCACGUCUUCUCAGUCAUACGAAUGUCACCGUUUUAAUUUUCAGUUGGCUUCAGAACACGCCUGUUGAUGUACAGUACAUGAAGCUUUUCAGGUAAACUUGAAUUCAGUAACAGCGUUACAUCAUGCACUAAUGACACUUAUCUAGCACUACCUACUGCAAGUAGAACAUAACGCUGGGCUGUUACUUCUGUUAUCUCCACCCUUCACAUCACCUCCACCUGUCACCCUCAUCUCCACCCACACAUCACCUACACCUCCACCCCCACCCCCACCCCAGGUACACCUCGUUUUGUUUAAGUAUGAACACGACAUGCAUGGAAAAAUAUCACUAAUUUGAAAACACAUUUUCCUGCAUGCAUUUAUUUAGUUUGUUAUUCAUUUUGGCUUUGAAUUAAGCACAGUCACACAUUUCAGCGCAUUUCAGGCACGAUUAUGUGCACAUUGCAUCCAGAGCAUACACAUGUUUUUAUUGUGAAUGUAUAACUUGAGGACGUAUGGCUUUAACAUCACUGCUAUGUCUUAACUGAGCAAAAACAACAACAACAACAAAAAAAAAAAACAACAAAUAAACAUCUGUGAACCACGUGUAGAAAACCAAAUGCUGGAAACAUCAUGCAGCAUCAUGGUCUGUAUCGCCCCUGGAGGCCCUGUUCAUAGAUAUGGCCUUUUGUGAUCGAAUCACACACCUGUGGAUACUGUAGCUGGGUGAACCAGGUCACUGGCUGAAAGGAUCGUUUUCUUCCUCUUUUCUGUUUUUUUUUUUGUUUUUCUCUUCAGUGAUAGAAUAUAGGAUAUUCAUUUCAGUGUGUUCUCAGGUUUUGGCCCAAAUGGCCUUGUGCUACCUACCUCCUGCGAGCACUGGAAAACAUUUUAACAUGCCUAUUUGUUGGUCAUCACUCUAAAGAAAUGUAACACUUUUAGCCAUUGAUCUUACUAAGUCUGUUAGUGUAUAUUUUGUCAGUGUUAUCACAUACUCAAGCUUGUUUGGUGAGUGGACAGUUAUCAUGCUCUUAAAGCUUCACGGUCACUCGUUGACUUUUGCAGUAAAUAUUGAUUGUCAUUCUGUGUUUCAGAAUGUGUUACAUUGACUGAUACUGAUAAAUGAUGAAUCUAGCAAAAGGAAUUUUAUUUCAUUUGAUGUGACAAGAAAAAAAAAAACAUGUAAUCAUACAAAACCUCUCUGAAUCUCUUCAUAUUUUUUUUUCUUUUUUUCUUUGUCUGGUGAACAUUUUAGUGUCGUAUCAAAUAAUUUAUGAAUACUUUUUGUUUUUAGUGGAUGAAGAUUUGACAAACUAUGUACUCAAUAUUCAAUGUAUCUAGUCUUUAAUUUAUUUGGGUGUUGGUGUACAUGGCGGGGCACAACCUUAAUGGUCUGCUCCGUCAUUCCAGUCGGUCAUUUUGUACACACUAAACUUCUGCUUACCAAUUAUGGGAUGAAAAAGACUAUGCACACAGUUUGUGCAUAUGUGUUACUUUAGUCAUUCUUAUUUUCUGUAUUACUCUGUAAUUGAAUGUAUGAUCGUUUGGGGAUCAAGGUUAAAAGUUACCAAAUGUUUUAAUGAGUUUAGAUGUGUGUUUAUGUGUUUAAUGGAUCAUGUUCUUGGAAACACUUGUAGCAGCAGUAGUUGGGUGGUAGUGUCAUGAGCUAUAUGGAGCUGGAGUCGCUAAUACAAGAGGGUAUGCUUUCCUUUUCAGUAAACAUUUAAAAACUUCAUAUACUGAGGGUGCCCUAUCUACAAUUAAUCAAGCUAGCACUUUAUAGCAUGUUUGCCACUUGGCUCGGUACAGGUUUGUGUGGAUUUUGGUGUGUGCAAUAUUAGAGCGUAGGGGGUGAUAUUGCUCUCUGUGAGUGUAAUGCUUUAAUGGAAACGAGAAGCUGUCCUUCACUUGUGUCGACCUACUGUAUGGAUUUUAAAUUGUGCUGUUUGGGGUUUUGUAUGAAAAUAAAUUAGUGUGUUUCUAAUUUUCAA